CUUGCAAAACCCAAAGCCACAAACAAAAUAUGUAUCAUUCUAUUCCCAGUGCUAAAGAAAGAGUGCAACAUUAAGAUGUGUUGUAAACCUCAUGUUUGGGUGAUAAUGCGUUAUUCCAGCGUUUCUGUCAGGCUGUUCUUGUAUCCCUAAAGAGAAAAAGAAAUGCACUUCCGUGGUGAGAGGUGGCUGAAGUCACUUGGUUUGUUCAGCUUGGAGGAGAGGAGACUGAGAGGAAACUUAUUGUGGCCUUCAACAUGCACACAAGGGGAACUGAAGGGACAGGAUUUGUUUUUAGUGACUCUGAAUCAACUGCAUUAGAACAAUUUGAAGGUGGCCCUUGUGCAGUGAUAGCCCCUGUACAGGCAUUCCUUUUGAAGAGGCUUUUUACCAGUGAAAAGUCUACUUGGAGAGACUGUCCAGAAGAGGAGCAGAAGAACCUUCUCUGCCAUACAUUAUGUGAUAUUUUGGAAAUGGCUUGCUCUGAUAAUUCUGAGUCAUAUUGUCUGGCAACAUGGAUAAGAGGAAAAACAACUGAAGAAACUGCUAGUAUUUCUGAAAGUCCUGCAGAAUCUAGUCAUCAAGAGGAGCAACCUUCUGCCUUGGCUGUCGAAGAGCUUGGCUUUGAGCGAUUUCAUGCAUUAAUUCACAAACGAGCAUUCAAAAGCUUCCCUGAACUGAAGGCUGCAGUUUGGGAUCAAUAUUCAGCAUGGACAAACAGAUUUGGAGUAUUGCUCUUUCUGUAUUCUGUAAUACUGACAAAGGGUAUAGAAAACAUAAAAAAUGAAAUUGAAGAUGCAACUGAGCCAUUGAUAGAUCCUGUUUAUGGUCAUGGAAGCCAAAGUUUGAUUAAUCUGCUGUUGACUGGACAUGCUGUUUCUAACGUGUGGGAUGGAGACAGAGAAUGUUCAGGAAUGAAACUUCUUGGCAUACACAAACAGGCAACAGUAGGCUUUUUGACAUUGAUGGAAUCACUGAGAUAUUGUAAGGUUGGCUCCUAUUUGAAAUCUCCAAAAUUUCCCAUUUGGAUACUUGGCAGUGAAACACACCUCACAGUCUUCUUUGCCAAGGACAUGGCCCUUGUUGCUCCUGAGGCACCUUCAGAACAAGCAAGAAGAGUUUUCCAGACAUAUGACCCUGAGGAUAAUGGGUUUAUACCUGACACACUGUUAGAAGAUGUAAUGAAGGCUCUGGACCUUGUUUCAGAUCCUGAAUAUGUAAACCUCAUGAAGACCAAAUUAGACCCAGAAGGACUGGGCAUCAUACUACUGGGUCCCUUUCUGCAAGAAUUUUUCCCUGAGCAGGACUCCAGGGUUUCAGAGUCAUUCACUGUUUACCAUUACAAUGGACUGAAGCAAUCUAAUUAUAAUGAAAAGGUGAUGUAUGUGGAGGGCACAGCAGUUGUGAUGGGCUUUGAGGAGCCCAUGCUGCAGACGGACGACACCCCGGUGAAGCGCUGCUUGCAGACCAAGUGGCCGUACAUAGAGCUGCUCUGGAGCACGGACCGAUCCCCUUCCCUGAACUGAGCUGGCCAGGAGCAACACCAAACUGCAGCUCACUGUGUGGAGUUAUACACUGGUAUCACUGAGGAAUUGUAAAUAAUGAUUACAAACACUUUUUCAGUGUUAAUUGGAAUAUUUAAUUUUUUAAUCAGAUUGAUUUCUAUUAUAAUAGUUUGUCUUUUUUGGCCACUGUAGUACUGUUAAUGUGAGUUAUCCUAAAACAAAAAGCCUACUUACAAAGUCUUACCAUUAUUUUGCCAUCUCAUGAAGAUUUGAAAAAUUCUGAUAUUGCAGAAUCUGCAUAUUAGAUGUCAGAUCUUUAAACAUAAAACAUAUUCAGCUUUCUCAGAAUCAUAUAGGCAUGUUUUAUUAUUUAAAUUAUAUUGGCUUACAUUACAGUACCAUAAUGUGUGGACUAGACUGGCCUUUGCACUGGAUAUGUUUUAAUGAGUUUAAAUUUUCUGCAGUUUUUCCUAAAAUCUAAUUUUACCUAAAGAGCUUGCACAAUGUGACAUAAAGAAGAUACAUUUUUAGGAAUAAGUAUAAUUCUUAAAUACUCUUUCUUGGCAGUUGUAUAUUACUGUGGCUUAGUUAUUGGGCAUGUUAAAAGUGAACAGAAAAUCUGAUGAAAACAUAGAUAUAUUAAUAUUUAUUUGAAUUUGUAUAAAGGAAAUGUAAAAACAGCAAAAUUUCUUGUUCUAUAAUCUUUAAACUAUUCAAAACUUACAAUAUUGCCAAAUACCUCUUCUUAAUCUGUCCAAACAGCAGUGUAAGCCAGCAUUACUGUAUGUGUUAAGUGCAUGAGAACAUCUGUUAUUACAUUAUUAUAUUCCUUUAUUUAUUAUCAACUUCUUAGCCCUAAAAUAAAAUCUUUUCCUUGAAUCAUA